UCUCGCGAGAGGUGCGACUGCUCUCGCGAGAGUGAGUGGGCGGCGUGGGGAGGCGGCGGCGGUGGCGUCGCGGGCUGGGGCGGGCAAGGGACAGCCGCUGCGCUGCGGCUCGCGCCACCGGGCGUUGCGGGCCGUGACGGGAGGGUGACAUGCCCCGGAGCUGAGAGGCUGUGCCGCCGGGUGUUUUGUAGAUAUACUCUCCAACGAUAUUACAUACUGCAGUGAUACAGUUAUGGCGGCUUUCCAGCCUUUCAGGAAUAGUCACAUAAAGAACAAAGCAUCUGUCCGAAAAAGCUUCAGUGAAGAUGUGUUCCAGUCUGUAAAGUCUUUAUUGCAGAGUGAGAAGGAGCUAUGCAGUGUAUCAGGAGGAGAGUGUUUAAACCAGGAUGAGCAUGCCCAGUUAACUGAGGUCACAUUUCUGGGCUUUAAUGAAGAAGCAAAUGCUGCUCACAUGCAGGAUCUAGCUGCAAUUUCACUGGAACUUCCAGAUCUUCUGAAUUCGCUCCACUUCUGCAGUCUAAGUGAAAAUGAAAUCAUUUGUAUGAAGGAUACCAGUAAAUCAUCCGAUGUAAGCAGUAGUCCUCUAAAUCAGAGUCAUCAUUCGGGAAUGCUUUGUGUCAUGAGAGUGUCACCUACAUUACCAGGACUCAGAAUUGAUUUUAUCUUUAGUCUCCUAAGUAAAUAUGCUGCGGGCAUAAGACACACCCUGGACACAUACUUGCAUCAGAAGCACCACCUUGAGACCACUGAUGAAGAUGAUGAUGAUACGAACCAGUCUGUGUCUUCCAUAGAGGAUGACUUUGUCACUGCUUUUGAGCAGUUAGAGGAGGAAGAGAAUGCAAAGCUAUAUAAUGAUGAAAUAAAUAUUGCUACACUUAGAAGCCGGUGUGAUGCUGCCUCUCAGACUACUUCAGGUCACCAUUUAGAGAGCCAUGAUUUUAAAGUGCUGGUUAGUUACGGAUCACAGAAGUCAUUGGCUAAACCCUCACCUUCAGUAAAUGUUCUGGGACGCAAAGAUGCUCCUUCUGUGAAAACAUCAGUUACAACAUCAAUUUCAGAGCCCUGGACCCAAAGGAGUCUCUACAGGUCAUCCAGUGCCUCAGAUAAAGGCAAGGACACACAGGAGACAUCCUUCCCUUCUUCUCCUGUCCACUCCUCAGAGUCUGAGUGCUCAAGCCCAAGUCCUGUGAUUUUUUUGGAUGAAGAGGGGUAUCAAAAAAGUUUAAAAGCGAAACUUGAGCUGCCCGAAAUCCCUGUGACAAAAGAUGAUGUAGAGGAUUCAGACUCAGAAGUGAGUGAGUUUUUUGAUAGCUUUGAUCAGUUUGAUGAACUAGAGCAAACUUUGGAGACUUACCUGUUAAUGGAAGAUCCUAUCAUAGGGAAUUCAUCACAGAAGAUAGGGCACAAAUAUGAAAAAUCUUGUAUGAAUCCUCAGAAAUUCAAGUUUGAGCGCCCAGCUCUUCCAGCUAAUGUUAGAAAGCCAACUCCUCGCAAACCUGAGUCUCCGUAUGGUCACCUGUGUGAUGCUCCAGACUCUCCUCGUCCAGUGAUGGCAUCAGAGGACAGUGGAUUGUUUAGCCCUAUUCGAACCUCUGCUUUUAGUCCUCCUGGAAGCUGUACUCCUGCUGAAUGUGUUUGCCAAAUAGACACUAGUGAAAAUAGGGGUCAGGAAAAUUACUGCACUUACAAAGAUUAUGCAGAUAGUCUUUCAUGUGAAGUACUAGGCUCAGUUCUUCAUACGCAACGUGCAAACACAGUGUCAGAUAUUAAAAGUAUUAAAAGGGGAAGAAAUAAUACUGUAACUUGUAAGCAUGGAGACUCUGAUCAGAAAAGUAAAUGUAGAAAAUCUUCAAUGAUUACAGAUAGCGUUCAGAAGUUUGCAGCAGAUCUUGUGGGAAAAAGUUUUGGCAGUGCGUUUAAAGACUUACAGAAAGGAGUUUCUUCAUGUACCAAUGCAUUGUGCCACUUAGCUGUCAAAUUGACAUCAUCUGUAUUUCAGAUGGCAUUUAAUGAACUUAGAAGGCAGUGUGCAUUUUCACUAAAAGAACGAGCCAUUGGUAGCCUGGCCAGUCUUUUGGUGAGUGAAGCCUUAUCAAAUGCCUUGAAAGACCUACAGUAUGUGAAGAAGCAGAUGUUUACAAACACAGUUGCUAGGUUUGCUGCGGACCUUGCUGAAGAGCUUGUUUUUGAAGGUAUCAUGGAAGUGUGUCAGUUUUCAUGUCCUCAAACACCUGCAUCUUCACAGUGUCAGUCAUUUGACUUUGAAGACAAAGUUGUGAAGUUGUAUGCCAAAGAUUUGUCUGAAUCUGUAAUACAAGAAGCAUUCAUAGAGCUGUCACAGACUGACGUGGCCUUUACAACAAAGGCAGCAGUUAAUGUUUCUAUGGGUAAUGUCAAGUACGUGAGUGCAGAAAAUGUAGUGUCACCUACGCAGACCUUUACAUUUUCCUCAUCCUUUAGCAGUCAAGCAGUUAUGAUGACAAAACCAAUGCAGGAAUAUAAGAAAGAAUACACAGUGCAGAAGGCUUUGUUUUGUACCUCUGGAAUUGUCACUUCUAUACCAGUGCCUUUGGCAGGUAGUGCCCUUCUCCCAUAUCAUAUGUCAUCUGCUUUGUAUCAGUCCAAGCCUCUUUCAUCAUCUGAGCAUGGUAAAGCAAAUGGUGAAUCAACCCAAGAAAGCAAUGGAGAGGAAGUGGAUUGUCUCAGAAAUACCUGUCUACCUUCAGAACUCAAUCCAUGCAACCAGAAUGACUUCAAACCAACUAAUGGUGAUAUUGACAUGCAGAGUCCUUCAAAAUUAAUGAGUGGCUCUGUGAUUAUUAGCAACUUUUCCGCAGCAAUGGUACAUACGAUUGUAAAUGAAACCUUAGAGUCCAUGGCAUCCUUCAAAGCUACAAAAACUGUUGAUUCAAAUGCAGAUUACUUAACUAAAUCAAUAAAGGGAAAAGCCUGUUCUCUUUCCCUUUGUGACCAAGCAGCACCACAACAGAACAAAGCUAGCUGUAAGGACAUGUUUGCAGAGCAGUUAUCAAAGUCUAUUAUUAAACAUUCCCUGGAUAAAAGCAAGUCAGUGGUUCCAAAUAUAGAUAAAAAACCAGUUAGUAAGGAACAUGUGCUUAUUCUUGGAGAAGAAUCACAGUUGACCUUGGGGGAAACUCCCAAAUUCCUUGACUUUUCAGAUAACUCACCUCACCUUUCACUCUUUGUUGGAAAGUGUUGUGUUCCAGAAUGUAAAGAUUCUGUGGGUUUUGGAUUUUCUUUAGAGACACUACCACCUUGUUCAAUGAUGACAAGUCAGAAAUCUGACUUGAAGGAAGUUGUGAAGGACAAAGCAGUGACAAGGAAUAAUUUGAAUAAUACUGCACUUGAGCCCUUGUCUUUUGGACAGGAAAGCUCUUUCCGUCACUCACAGAGUUUAUCAUCUGCAGUACUUACCUGUGUAGAUAGUUUGCACGUGGAAGAUAAGCAGAAAAUCAGAGACAGAAAUGUAAUACCUGAUACUCCCCCAUCAACUCCUUUAGUACCAUCCCAGACUAGUUCUGAAUGGGACAUCAAGAAAUUAACCAAACAACUCAAGGGGGAGUUAGCCAAAGAAUUUGCACCUGCGACACCACCUUCGACACCUCGAAACUCAUCUGUUGGUAGUUUGUCUGAGAAUGAACACACUACUAUAGAAAAGGAAGAGUUUAUGUUGAAACUUAUGCGCUCUCUUUCAGAAGAAGUUGAGAGCAGUGAAGGUGAAGAACACCCAGAAAUGGAUGUAAAAUCAGAGUACUCAGGGAAAAAAGUUCAGUUCGCAGAAGCAUUAGCUACACACAUCAUUUCUCUUGCAACUGAAGUGGCAGCCUCCCACUUAGAUCAUGAAAUCACUCAAGAAUUCAAGGUUCAAAACCCCUACUUAAAUGUGCCAAGUCAAAGAAGCAUGCUUCCUGCUUUAAGUCAUUCAGAUGAAAACAUGCAGACAUGCAAUUUUGCAAGUGAUAUGGCAGCUGAUGUCAUUGCAGAAGCUGAAAAAAUUGCAAACGCUAGAAGUUGUAUGCUUUUCAGGCAUGAGAAGCACAUUUGCCGUGUUGAAGGUGACCGAGGUAAAGCAGAAGAGAGGCUGGAUGUAGAGGAUAUACAUCCAGGAGAAGUAGAUUCAUGUGUUCUCUCAUUACCAAGUUGCAUGCCAGGUCUGACAUAUAAGUAUCCCAGUUGUGAAAGUGUGACUGAUGAAUAUGCAGGACAUGUUAUUCAAGUGCUAAAACAGGAAGGAGGCAACGGUGAGCUAAUCAUGGAUCAGUAUGCCAGUAGACUGGCCUACCGGUCUGUCAAGUCAGGAGUGCAAGAAGCAGCUAAGACCGUAAAAGUGAAGUGCGGUUCGAAACUGUUCCCUGUGCGCUGCUCUCAUGGGAAAACAAACAAGGAACGGUUGGUGAUCUCAAGUAAAGAGCAUCACCAAGAAGUAGAUAAACAAAGACAGAGAAGUGGCAGCCAUCUUUGCAAAUACCAGACAUGUGAAAGGACACAGGAUCCAUGUAGAAAUGAACUUUCUGAACUGUACAGUUUUUCAGCCUCUCUUGCUAGCAGCAUAACAAGAGAUGUAAAGAAACAGCUGACAGCACCUAAAGUUGACUUGCCAAAGUCUUCAAGAGACAGUUGUCUUUUUGAAAAAUCUGAAUGUAUUGACAGCAGGGAGAGUGUUUCUGGACCAGAAUUUUCAAAGUCUUGUCAACCUUUGCAAAACCAUGGAUUUCGCCAGAAUACAGGCAGUUUAAGCAGACACAGUUGUGGAGAGAAUGCUCAAACUGUAGAACAGUAUGCUAAAAAAAUAGUGGAUGACACUUUAGAGCUAAGUUUAGGACCCGCAGUUUUCCAUAAUUCAGAGACCACAACAUCAGCAGAUAAGAUUACUUAUGCAGAGAAAUUGUCACCACUUAUAAAUGAAGCUUGCAGAUACUGUGACCUUAAGGAAUUCCAUAGUUGCACCAGAAAUUCUGCUCAACUCUUUUCAAAGCAGAGUCUGUGUACUAGUUCUAAGCCAAGUUCACAUUCAAAACUUAGUAGCAUCCGUCAGAAAUCAAGAAUUUUCCAUCUUGAUGUACCUCAAAUUCAUGUUAAUCUUGAUAAAAGGGCAGUGCUUGCAGAGAAGAUAGUUGCUGAAGCUAUUGAGAAAGCAGAGAGAGAGUUGAGCAAUACGAGUUUGGCAGCUGAUAGUGGAAUCGGACAAGAUGGGAUUAGCUUUGCUGAGAGCCUUACCACAGACAUCAUGACAACAGCUAUGACAAAUGCUGGGCAUGCUGUUAGCAGUUCAAAAGAAAUAGAAGAUUUUCAAUCAACUGAGUCACUUGGCAGCCAACAGAUGAAUCUCAGUGUUGGUGAGGACAGCACGGGUAGCUGGUCCAACUUAAGUUUUGAGGAUGACCAUCAAGAUGAAAGCAGCAGUUUCCAUCACCUCAGUGAAAGCAGUAAUGGUAACAGCAGUAGCUGGAGCAGUCUUGGUUUAGAAGGAGAUUUGUAUGAGGACAAUUUAUCCUUUCCAACAUCAGACAGUGAUGGACUGGAUGAUGGAGAUGAUGAGCAGGAGGAUGGUGGCGAAGAUUUGCAACAAAAUGGAAAGACUCUGCUAAUUAUGAACAUUGACAUGGAGCCUGGAGCAGUCGACCCCCAACUAAGGAUUAUUCUUCAGUGGCUCAUUGCCUCUGAGGCUGAAGUUGCAGAAGUUUAUUUUCAGGACGCUGCAAAGAAGGAGUUUAUAUUACUUUCAAAGAAGUUACAAGAGAGAGGAUGGAAAGUGGGAGAUGUCCUGCAGGCUGUGCUUAAAUACUACGAAGUGGUGGAAAAAUCCUCAAGGGAGGAAAGACGCAAGUCGCUGUUUGAUUGGCUUUUAGAAAAUGCCUAGAACAAACACCGGACCAGUCUAUUUUAUUGCUUGUUUUAGGAAGUAAAGAAACUGAUGAUUUACAUGUAGGAUAAAAUUCAAAUACAGAAUAUUAACAUUUUAAUUGAAUUGAGAGGAAGGUAAGAAGCUUUUUAAGUGCUUUCUGUCAUUACACUGUAUAUAGUUCAUACUUUUGUAAUCUUUGUCAAGAUAUUUUCUUUACAUAUUCUUCUGUACAUGUGUAUGUGUUAUGAUCCUGAGAUAAUAGUCUGUGAAGGACGAUCUAACCCGACCCGAGCCUGGGACAUUGUCUGACAGCAUUUGUUUGGAUCUACUAUAGUGCUGCUGCUGCUCUUGCUGCAAACAGGGCUGAGGCGGCUGGCCUGGCCCAAGUGAUCACUUUGUUCCUUUGAAAACAAGUGGCAUCUAAUGAUAAGUCAUCUGACAUCAAGAAAGAAAACUGACGCUGAUAUUUUGUGGAGUAUUUAUUUCUGAUAAGUUUGUAUUCUUUACGUACUGUUCUUUAAAAUCAGUUUUAGUUCUCUAGUUCAACUAUUGGUACUUUAGAUUUCCCCAGACCUUUCAUUUCUUAGCAGACUCAUUAGUGGUUUAGGAUUCUGUGAACACCGUAAGUGAGUUCCCCUCACCUUCCAUCAGAUGAUGUUAUUUGCUAAUACUGCCAAUUGUUCUGAACUGAGGGGGGGGGGCCUGUGUUGAGAGGGAAGUGUGUAUGCAAGAAUAAACUCUAACCUUUCCACUAGUUUAUUCUUCUACUUUAGUGUUUCCUUAGUUAGAAACCCACUAUUAACAUUAAAUAAAAUGUCUAAAUAUUGUGCAGUAAGAAUUUUGUCUUUUUGAUUUAUUCCACAAAUGAAAAUUCAGGUUGUAAAAUACAUUGAAGAUUUUAAAUUAUUGUAGAAAUGCACUCAGAGGAGCCUAAUAAUGAUUUUCAGUGUUGAACUUUUGAAGAACAAAAAACCACCUCACUUCACCAAGAGUAAUUUUUUUUAGCUCAGUAGUUCUCAACCUUCCUAACACUGCAAACCUUUAAUAUACAGUUCCUCAUGUUGUGGUGACCCCCAACCAUAAAAUUAUUUUGUUGGUACUUCAUAACUGUAAUUUUGCUACUAUUAUAACUUGUAGAUAUUGGGGGUUUCUGAUGGUCUUAGGCCUGUGAAAGGGUCAUUUGACCCCCAAAGAGGUUGCAACCCACUGGUUGAAAACUGCCAUUUCAGCUCAAUAGGUAUCUCUCCCCCAAUAAAAUAUAUCUGGACUAUUUCGUAAAGUUUCCUCUGAUGAUCUUUUUUGGCUUCUGCAUUCCCUACUUUGUUUUUAGAGACUGAAGGUUACUCUGAGUGAGAUGACCAGGCUGUGUCUCAGUGUGUCUGAGAUGUGUGCAGAUGGGAGGUUCUCCCCUAACCGAUUCUGGAGUCUAAGGCAAGUCAUAUUGCCUGGGGCUGUUGAUUUCUCUCCAUUAUAUUUUCUUUUUUUCCCCCAAGCUCUGACUUUUCUAGAAGUUACAAUGAGUGGAAGACAUAGCACUUACCAGGGUACUUAAAUUAAUUUGAAUUAGUAAUUAUGGUGGAGAACUUUUUUUAUAGAGAUGUCACAUUUGCUUUGACUUCAGAAACAAUUUAAGUAUUUUGAAACUACAUCAUAAACUGUAGUUUUUCUCAAUUGAACAUAGAGACACGGGGCCUGCCUUAAACAUACAUUUUAAAAAAUUUCUUCAAGUGUUUUUUAGAGUGGGGAAAUUCAGGGACCAAUACCCAUGUGCACUAUGCUAUACUUGUAUGAGGAACCAGCACACUGCACGUGUGUAAUUUGCAUGAUACGUAUUGUUUAGAAUAGCAGUAAAACUGACUUCUAAAUUUCUUUGAGGUGCAAAUGACAAUGUUGGUUUUAUAAAAUUCAAAGUACCCAGGUAUGUUACUGGUAUGGUUAUUUGAGAUAACCUUUAACUCGAGCUUCUAUUUCUUUUGCAUUCUGGUGAAACUGAGCUGGGCUCACUCAAUGUUCUUCAUUCAGUGCUACAGUGAUAGAAGUAGACCUCACAUUGUGAGUUGUCAGUUCUGUGUAGGGACAUGGAAACCAGUAAGAAGCAUUGGCAGGGUGCACAGUGGUGUAGGUUAAGUUUCCUGAUAGAAAGCGUUUGCAUGUAGAGCAGUGCUGUGGGCCAGACACAGGGUAAAGGAGGCUGCUUUAAAGCACUUUGGCUUUGGAACAUCUCUGUUGAGGUGCUCCAUCUUAUUACAGUUUUCUUGACAUACUUAUAUUGUAACAUUGUAUACUGUCAUAUGCUUUUUGCUCCUAAUAUGAAUAUUUGAGUAAUAUGAAAUACAUAUUACUCAAAACUGUUAAAAAGGUUGCAAUGUCCAGUGAGCUGAUUCUUGAUUCACCAAUUUUAAAGUCGUUCCAUGAUCCACAGAGAGAGAGAGACCUCUCCCAGAAAAACCCACCAAUAAAACAAAACCCACAGAAAAAAUGGCAACAAAGGUGAACUGGCUCCUUAUGGUGUAAAGCUAACAUUAUAACAACCUUCAGUGAACAUAUGUAGUACCUUUACACUUUCACAAAUGCUUUAUUUACCCCUAAAGAUAUUUAAUGUGAAUUAAUUCAGUUCAUACUACUAUAAUUCUGCUUAGCAAAGAAUAUGUAUUGCUGGUAGGAAGAUAUGUAUUGAGUGCACUGUGAAAGAGUUCACCCAUUUGACAGCUGGCAGUUCCGACAGUGGUGGUGCAUGUUCUCCAUCGUUGACCAGAGCCUUGUGACUACCUGCUGUUCCACUAGUAGUGUUUCUCCACAGCUACUUUCAGUAGCUUCUAGUCAGUGUAUUGUUUUGUAAUUUUUCAAAGAAAUCUUUACACAGUUUAAAUAUGUUGGGUCCAUACUCGGGUAGGGAAAAUGCUCUCCAUUUAAAAUCAUGCCUGCCUGUCAGCACUAUGGAGCAUCUGUGGGAAUUGGAAGGGGUGUACUCAAGCCAAGUGCGCUUUGCUCUUCAGCACAAACCUUGUAGUCACCCCUUGUUUACUGUGCGCCUGCUCUGCACACACAGGCGCGGAGCUAGUCACUCCUGCCUCUAUUUAUUUAUUUUGACCAUCUGUACAUUCCUUUCAUGUAGUUAGAGCUGCAGUUCUGCAGGUUCCUAUUUCAAUCUGUUGUAUGAUUUGGAUACUAUUUAAUGACAGGUUUAUAUGUUGCUGGAUUUGCUGCCUUCAGUAACUUGUACUGUGUUCUAAGUAAUCUGCAUUCUUGUUCACUUAAUGAAUAUUUAGUAGAAGCAACUUUGAAUAAUUGUGGCCAUUUAUUUGGGUUUGCUCAUUUAGUGCACUAAGGUCUUAUACUGUGUAAUAGUGACUCCUCUUUUUGCUCUUGAGUAAUUUGAUGUUCAUUUACCAACCUUGAAACUUCAAGACGCACUAAAGUUUUGUUUAGGAGUGGCUCAAAAAAUGUUUCAGAAAUUACUUUUGUAAUAAUUUGCAGUUAAUUGUUCUUUUGUCUUUACUCUUGUUGAAGCCUGUGAUCUUUCCUCUCUCAGCCAAGAAUUAUUCAAUAAAUUUAAGAACUGUCAA